AUGCGGGCCCUUCAUGAACAGACGGAGAAAGAAGCCAAGGACUUGAAGGAAGAAGUAGUUGGUUUUUCAGAGAGGAACCAGAGUCUGGUGGUGGAUUUGAGUCAAUCUAUUGGUCACGAUGAUGAGCUAAAAAGGUUGAAUCAGGAUUUUCAACUGAAAAUAGAUGACGCCAUGAGCCAUCGCGCCUCCGCCGUUAAAGAGGUUGAAGGUGUUUCUCGGCAGUAUCAUUCACUGAAGUCGCAAUACACGGAGAAAAUUUCUCAAUUGGAGAUUGCCUGUUCGAGCAAGGAUGUUAGCAUUAAGUUGUCGGAGAAGGAGUUGGCUACAGCGAAACUCCUGAUGUUGGAAAAGGAUGCUCCAAUUGCCACAUUGAAUGAUUCACAACUCGUGAUUGAACAGAAAGCAGCGACUUGCCAGGAAGAAGUGGAUCAAAAGGCUGAGGAGCUGUGA